GUUCUCCCGAACUUUAUGAGAGGUGAAUACUAUUUGUACCUCACUUUAAUAACUAUUUUUGUAUAUUUAGGGGUUUUAUUAAGAGUGGCUUACUUUACUUUAAUAGAGCGAAAAAGCUUAAGAUCUUUUGGAGUUCGUUUGGGUCCAGAUAAAACUAGUUUUUUAGGUUUUGCUCAGCCUAUUACAGACGGUAUUAAGCUUUUCAUAAAGGAGUUUGUUGUUCCAGCAAACUCAGCUAGAAUUGUAUUUUUAGCAAUUCCGUCCAUUUCUCUGAUUUUAUGUCUUUUGGGGUGGCAGAUUUUCCCGUCUUUUGCGGUAUCUAACUGAUAUUCUAAUGAUAUCUUAUUUUUCUUGGUAGUAAGUAGGUUAAAUGCACACAUCGCUAUUAUAAGAGGGUGGUCUUCUAAUUCUAAGUAUUCUAGGGUUGGGGGUGUUCGUGGAUUUGCUCAGGUUAUCUCUUAUGAAAUUUGCCUUAGAAUUUGUUUAGUUGUAGUGGUGAUUGUGAGGGGGAGAAUAAGAUUUUUUUCUAUUGCUGAGUCGGGGUGGUCUAUUUGGUGGGGAUUCUUUUGGCUCCCUGUGGUGUUGCUGUGGUUAACCGUAUGUUUAGCGGAGGCUAAUCGAGCACCAUUUGAUUUAGUAGAGGCGGAGUCUGAGCUUGUUUCCGGGUUUAACACCGAGUAUUCUGCUGGAGGUUUUGCUUUGUUAUUUAUUGCAGAGUACGGGAUAAUUUUGUUAUUGUGUUCGGUUACUGUUUUUAGGUUUUUUCAAAACCCUAACAUGCUGUAUGUAGCUGGGUUAUGUUGAGCAUUUCUAAAAGUUAUGCUGCUUGUGUUCUUCUUUAUUUGGUCUCGUGCAGCACUUCCUCGAUUGCGGUAUGAUUUUCUGAUGGUGGCAUGUUGGUCUAGUCUUCUUCCCUUCAUUUUAGGUGUUUAUUGUCUUAUUUUCUUUGUGUCUAAGGUUUAAAGUGAGUUCGUCGUUUGUUUUAUAUAGUAUUACAGUGUGUGUUUUGGUGAGGGCAAUAUUAAAGCAUUUUUCUAACUUUUUAAGCUAUUUAAUCCUAGUCGAGGGGGCAUGCGUUGGACUUGGAGCUAUAUUAAUGUACGCCGAAAGUUACAUUCCUGCUUACGGUCUAUUUAUGUUCCUAGUCUUAGUUGCAUGUGAGACUUCUUUGGCAUUGGGUUUGAUAGUGGGGAUUAUACGCAAUCCUGAGUCAGGUGUCUACUCUUUAUAUUCUUACGGGGAGUAAAAAAUGCAAAGAGCAAUUAGUACAACUUAAGUAUACUGGCUUGUCAUGCCAGAGGUACGCAUAAUUUAUUGCGGAUUGCUCUAAGUAAAGUGUUUUAUUGUGGCGCUGAAAGUUUUUUGUAAGCCCAGUAGCCGAUAAGUUACUUUUUAAUUUUAACUUACUUAAAAGUAGCUUUCGGUUGGAGUAAAAAUUAGAUUGAUUUUUUUAAAAAAAUAAACAAACUUUUAAAAAUUUUUUUGUGCAAUUCGUAUAGUGAGUAGGGAGUGAAAUAUAAUAUAGAAUAGGAAAGACUCUAAUAAUAGGGUAUGAGUAUAAAUAUAAAUAAUAGUAGUUAUAGAUAGUAUGUUAAAGGGGAUCUAGUUACAAGUGGGAAGGAAUGAGUUUCCGGGGGUCUAGAAUCCGGGUAUACCUGGGGUAUACCCAUGAAAUGAUAGAUGUAUAAAGUGUGUAAUAAGGGGUUAUAUGGCGAACAAAACUAAUACUGGUAGUUAUAAAAGACAGUUCAAGUUGAGUCAGGAUAUAAAGAAAAAUUUGUAGAAAAACAUAGCAAAAGGAACUCGGCAAAGCAUGGCCUCGCCUGUUUAACAAAAACAUCACUAAGAGAACCUCACUCUUAGCAGUACCUGCCCAGUGCAAAAUUGUAAACGGCCGCCCUAGCGUGAGGGUGCCAAGGUAGCGAAAUUCCUUGCCUUUUAAUUGUAGGCCUGCAUGAAUGGAUUGACGAGGGCCAGUCUGUCUCUUGCUUUGUGUAGUGAAAUUGGACUGAAGGUGAAGAUACCUUCAUAUAAAAGUUAGACAAGAAGACCCCGUGCAGCUUUUAAAAAUUUGUUAAUUAAGAGCAGUAGAUUUUUAGGUGGGGCGCCUAGGAAGUAAAACUUAACCUUCAUUAUAAUUUCUUUUGAAUUAAAAUAACUUUCUGGUGUAGACCCGGCAAGUCCGAUCGUAGGAGAAGUUACGCCGGGGAUAACAGGCUUAUCCAUUAGUAGAGCUCGUAUUGGCUAAUGGGAUUGGCACCUCGAUGUUGAAUUAAGGAUGAUAGCUCUAAGGCGUAGAAGCUUUAGAAUGUGGGUCUGUUCGACCUUUAAUACCUUACGUGAUUUGAGUUCAGACCGGCGUAAGCCAGGUCGGUUUCUAUCUUCUUUUAGAAUUUUCUUUUGGCUUGUACGAAAGGACUGCUGAGAGAGGAAAUUUCCUUGAUUUUAGAAUUGUUUCUAAGGUAGUAUGAAUGUUUUA